AAUGCGGCUGCUUCGUUGUUGCGUUUGGUCGAUUCACAGUUCGACUGGCGAUGCCGGUUACGCUGCCGUUCAGUUUGCUUGGACGCUUUCAACUCUACGGUCGUACGUCAGUCGUAUUCGCAAGCGAGUUGGAAACGCGCAACGCCAACGAAACCAAAAUCGUCUGCAGUUAAUUUCCAGUGAAAUAAAAAUAGAAAAAAAUUACAAAAAAAAACAAUCAUUACUCUGGUAACAACGAAAGUGUAGCCAACACCAGCAACAACAUUAACAAAAGUAGUCAACAUAAAACAACAACAGCAACAACAGCUAGCGAAACGCUCAACAAGUGAUUCCUUGGCUUUGGUAAUUCACUUAAGCAGUUUUACUUCGGCACAAAGCUCGGCUGUUCGCUGAACUUCGCGGGUGAAAGGAAAAAGGGUAAACGUGCAAAUCGUGCGUAGACUAUUGAAGAGCAAGAAGCUUGAUAACAGAAUAAAUUUAAUUUUGAAGGAAGCAUAAAUCAGCGGACAAAAUGUCGGAAUCAGUUUGUCACAAAUGCAACGAAGUCAUCACGAAACGCAUCAUAACCGCGCUCGGCAAGACUUGGCAUCCGGAGCAUUUUGCCUGCAAGGACUGUAACACACCCAUCGAGGAGGCCACAUUUAAUAUACAGGAUGGUGAGCCCGUGUGCUCCAAAUGUUUUCUGAAAAACUACUCAGGCACCUGUCACGGCUGUAAGCAACCCAUUUUGGAGCGCACAAUCAAGGCACUCGGCCAGACUUGGCACGAAGAUUGCUUCGUGUGCGGGGGCCCAUGUCAGAAGCCACUGGUGGGCACAUCAUUUUAUGAGCGCGAUGGACGCGCCUACUGCAAGACAGACUUUGAAGAAUUAUUCGCGGCACGAUGCGCCGGCUGCGCCAAACCCAUAACAGAAAACGCGAUUGUGGCACUAAAUUCCAAAUGGCACAGGGACUGCUUCAAAUGCAAGAAAUGCGCCAACCCCAUCACGGCGAGCAUAUUCGCAGUCGAGGAGAACAAACCGGUGUGCACGGAGUGCUCAGCUUAGAAGCCAGCCGCAAGGAAGACAACUGAAGUAAUAAAUAAUGUGAAUGAAUGCUAAGGACAAUGAAUAAAAAGACACAUAGAAAGCAAGAAAGAGAGAGAGACACAGCGAAAAAGAGAGAGAGAGAGAAAGAGUGCGCUGGCGAGCGCAAGCGUUUAAUUACCUGAAAAAUCUAGUUUUAAAAGGCAACUCAAAUAACAAAAGGGAUAAAAGUGAAAUAAUACACAAUGCAAGCAACGAAAGCGAAGAAUCUUAUAUGCAAAAUAGAGUGGAUUUUGUUUUUCUAAUUGCUGCGCUACUAACCAGGAAUACCAGGCAUAGAAUCUACGCAUAAGGAAAUAUUUGCAAGUCUUCAGUUAAUCAAAAGUAUAAAUAUGUAUGUAUGUACUACACAACACACUCACACACCCACCACACGGAAACUACACAUGAAUUCCACAACACAAUCCACUGUACCGAACGCUGUAGACACCCACACACACACACUCAAACACGCCGAGAAAUAUUUUACUGCCGGACGGACAAAGUGGUUGCUGUGUGAAUUUUUUUCUGGGCGCUAGCCUGCCUCACUAAAAGCUCCCUGGCAAUAUUAAAAGCUCCCUGGCAUUAUUAAAGCUCCCAAAAAGCUCCCUGGCAUUAUUAAAGCUCCUUAAAAGCUCCUUGGCAUUAUCAAAAUGUCAUGCAUUCGAACCUAAAAACCGGCAAUUAAUUGUUGUUGCUUUUUCUCACACUAACUGCAGGCAAAUUUAUUCCACAAGCUUCUAUUUGCGUUUGAUUCGUUUUAAGGAAUUUCUUUUCUUCCACUUUUCUUCGUUCUUUUUUUUUGGAGAAAGAAAAAAAUUAUACUUAAUUGUUUUUUUUUAUAUUCCUAAGACUUUUUUUUACUAAAAAUCAUGUAAAUUGCAUUGGUUCGUAUAUUCCUAAGUGACAAAUUUAUCUUUUUGCAUUUUUGCGAUUUUCAUUUUCUUCCAAAAAAAACUCAACUCAA